AUGUUGCAGGCCUACCUCUGUACUGACGAUCAAGUGAUCUUCUACGAAAGGUGCGGAUACAAGAAGUGCGACCCCAUUCUCCACUCUACAACAGCUACAUCCGUGUUUCCUGUGCCAAAUCUCAAGGACCCGCAACUACCAGAUAACCGAAGUCAACAUCGACGAGACAACCCUGUGCAAGAACGCGACAAUGCAGAAACUUUGGAACAGCCAAAAUCACCUCCAUCACCACCAGCUCCGCCCAUGCCGGUGCCACCACCGCCUCCUGUUCCGGUGAAGAAAACACCAUUGGCCCCAGUAUCGAUUGCAGAUCAUCAGUAUAUGUGGAAGAAGUUGGUUGAGUAA